CUCAACAGCGUCCAUAGCCAAUGGCAAAUGUUCCAGACACAGAGGGCUAUGUAGCCUGUGCCACCGUCAUACGCGUCUUCCGUCUUCAUCGUUGCUUCAGAUGAGACACCGGCUUCAACGACGCCCCCUUCGACGCACUCUGGAAUCUGCAGAAUUCAGCCGGCUUUCCGUUGUUCGGCAUGUUUGAUUCCGUGCCGCCUCUGCGCGUCAUGGCGGCGGUGUCGGCGCCACCUACCAGAGGGGAGUCGGACCGGCGCUGCUCCCAUGGGCGUCCUCCGCACUGCGUGUUCUCUCCGGCACAAGCGCCCUGCCGACUCUACGCGUCAACCAGCUCAUCGGUAUAAGAAACUGCUCGCUGGGGCAUCGAUUUACAGCAUAUUCAACGCAACCCUCUAACUCAGAAACCUCCCUCUACCACACACACUCACCCACGACAUGUCGAAAUUGAUAUGGUUCGCUCUCGGCGCUGGAGCCGCUACCUGGUGGUCGAGGAAGCACGCCGAGCGGGUCGCUGCCGGAGUCUACGACAAUGCGGGCCCAGGAUCCCCUAAUGGUCCGCAGGGCUGGCACCGUGAAGGCGGGUGGCAUCAUGGCCAUUGCCAUCGCCCCGGUGCUCAGGCAAAGUCGGAUAACCCUGCGCCUGCUCAGCAGCAGCUCCCACCCUCUGAUGCAUCCGUUCCCGCGCCUCAAUAUUCACCACCUGCGGGCUCCACUCAGCCUAAUCAGCAGCAAUGGCCGGGCUACCAUCCGCCUUGGGACGAGGCCAAAUUCCGCCAGGCGCAGCAGCAAGCCCGAGAGUCGGCUGCUGAGAUGACGGAGAGCGCACUCGAGAGUCUUACGACGCAGCUGCAGUCGUGGAAGCAGCAUCUGGCUGAGCAGCGUAUUCAGCGAGAAGCUCCAGCUCAGCAGCAGCAGAACAAGCCGGAAGGACCGACCAGAUACGUUUGAAGGGCUCCAGUAUUUAUUGCCACAUACAUCCCCACCACUCGUUGCUUUACUGUAUACUCUACUUGUAACAUCAUCGCCUCGGAACUCUCACAAUUAACAUCAUUUCCAUGCUUCGUCAUGGAUGGGCUCUUUACGCAGGUGGAUGUACUGCCGCCGACAAUGUCCAAACAUCAUCGCC